AUGUAUAAUGAAUUGGUUCAAAAGGCCAAUAGUAAAAAUAAUGUAAGUUGCAAUGGGGACUUUAAAGACAGAAUAAAGGGGGUCGGGAUAGAUGAAACUACUGUAAAUAAGAUUAUGAGAGUAUUCUGUUACAUGUAUGGAAUGAGUCGUGAUGAAGAUGAAGGUGGAAAAUGGUGUAAAGCCACUUAUUAUUGGAUAGGGGAAAUGUUAUCUGAAAAAUUGGAGGAUUUUAAAUUUCAAGUUACCAUGACUAAAUGUUAUAAUGAAAUGAAGAAGGGAAAAGCGCAACAUGGGUGUGAGUUCAUAUACUCCUAUCCUAAUACAAAAGUAUUCCAAGCAUUGAAGAAAGUGUUCGAUUUUAAGAAGGACGAAGAUACACUAAGGAAACAACUUCAAGGAGGAGGGGAAACGAAGAUGUGUACUCCAGGAUAUCGGAAACAUCUGGAAGAUAUAGAGGAAGCCUAUGAAAUAUUAAAGAGCGAAUGUGAGGACCUAACUAUGAGAGAAUGGUAUAAACCAUUCACCACGGAAUAUGGGGGUUACCAGAAUAAGGGGAAGCUGAAUUUGACAUGCACAAAAGUGGAUGACCAGUCUCCAGGUUCCUCUGGACCCGGUAGUACUGGAACCUGGAAACCUGGUUCCUCCGGUCCUGGCACUAUAGGUUCCGAAGAUGGUGGAAGUGGUGUGGUUCCUGCUGCUGUGUCUGGUGGACUUGCUGCAGUAGGAUUACCUGCCUUAGCAUACUUUUUUUACAAGUAUAAAUCACACCCCUUCCUCUUCUUCCUUAAGGGGAAUAACUCCUCUUCUGGAGGAAGCAGAAGGAAAAGAUCUGCCAUUAGGAGAGAGUUUAAUAAGUUUGAUGAUGACGACGACUACACCUCAACAACGGAAUAUGAUUCAACUAAUUCGUCCGAAUAUUCCAUCCCAUACAGCACUUCAUCAUCCACCAGAUGA